CCCCCCUGCCUACCUGUAGGGCACUAUAAAGCCUUCCUGGGGACCUGGACUGAGCACAAGCACCAACAGCAAGAGACUGAGAAGAACACCAUGAAGACCUUCCUACUCCUGACCUCCUUCCUGGUGGUGGCGCUGGUGAGCCAGGCUGCAGAAGUGAAGCUCACUCUGGAUGAUGAACUUGGAAAAGCACUUUUGGAUCUGGCCUCAGGGGGGCAGCAGAAACGCGAAGAAGAAGGAGACGACAAUCAACAUGCAUCUCUGGAUCUGAGCGACACCAAUGAGAAGAGAGAGAUGGAUGAAAGUGAUUUCCUGGGGGAAACGGGUGAACUGGACGGACUGGUGGACGAUCUAGAACAGAAGCGUGAAAUGGGCUUUGCGGAUGAUGCUGAUGAAAGCCAGGGGGAGAAGAGAGAGUUGGAAGGAGAUGACAAUCGAGAUGCAUCGGAUCUGAGCGACACCAAUGAGAAGAGAGAGAUGGAAGGUGAAGACGUUAAGGAUGAAUCACUGGAUUGGACUGACGAGAACUACCUAUCCCAGAAGAGAGAGAUCGAUGAAAGUGAUUUCCUGGGGGAAACGGGUGAACUGGACGGACUGGUGGACGAUCUAGAACAGAAGCGUGAAAUGGGCUUUGCGGAUGAUGCUGAUGAAAGCCAGGGGGAGAAGAGAGAGUUGGCGGGGAGCGAGAAGAAAGGUCUACAAGGAAAGCGCUGGCUUGGAUGCAGACAUGGUAAAAAAUCCAUCACCUGCUACUAUAGUCACUCUUGCUAUCAUCAUCGUUACCGCCACUGCACCCGCCACCCUAGUCCUCGUUGCUCAAAACACGUGCAUUUGCGCUGUUUAAUAGUCAAAAAGCACUGCGUUAAAUGA